CCCCCUGGAUUCACCUCCCCCUGGAUUUACCUUUCACUAUCUAACUACCUGUAUGGGUUACCUGUGUUUAGAAUUAUUUCUAUUUUUUUUUAACUUGAACCUACCUUGAUUUGAACCCCGAACCUUCUGCUCUAGAAUUCUAUCUGCUUACCACUUGACUACCAAGGCUUGAGUUGCAAAGUGACCAUUGAACUUUUGUUUUAUUGAUAUAUUCAUGUUGUUACUUACGUCACACUAGUAUCAAUAUGCACGCAUGCGCUUUAAUGCUAAACGGAGACUUCAGUAUUUUCAAUAUGGCCGAGAAAGUGCAACCUUGUGUAGACGAAAAUGAGUUUCUAAGACAAUUGGAAGAGCUUAAAGAACAUGGUAAAACUCAGAAGUACUCCAUUAAUGUGUAUGUAAGCGACGAAUUUUAUUUAAAAGCCCAAAACUUCCUAAAAAUUGAUGAAACAAAGAACUAUCGAAGUGCAAACAACCAAGUUACGAAGAGCGAAGUAGAGAUAAUAAGACGAAAGAAGUGGAUGCUGGAUGCGAAUGACAACAUAAUUACAGCUGGAGGCAAGUCAGUACUCUGUAAAAGCCAGUUAUUUAAAAACCUUGUGUUCGCUCAUCAAAGAGUCGCUCACCGAGGACGCCAGAAAACUGAGAAGUGGAUGCAAGACAGCUUUGCAGAAGUGACACAGAAAGUUAUUAAUUUAUUCGUGAAGCUUUGUAAAUACCACGCAGAGCAAAAACCGAUCACAAGUCGUGUGAAAGAGGUUACAAAACCAUUUGAAGCACUAACUAAGAUUCCUCGCUUUAAUCGAGUUAGAUCUAAUGGAUUUCCGAAAAAUGCCAUGCAAAUGUGGGAAGCGCCAUCAAUGGGUGUUAAACAUUAUUGACCACCAUUCCAAGUACGU